UCCACCAAAAAGCAGAGACAUCACAUUCAGUUACUUCAUCAGCAGCUGAUCUUCCAAAAGCUACCUAAUCCACUAUGAAGUACUUCCUUGCUAUCUUCCUCUUGGCUCUCGUUGCCAUCGCCAUGGCGGUGGAGACCUCCGAAGCUGAAAAAACAAAAGAGUCGCAGGACGUCGAUGCCGCCAGGGAUAAGAGAGGCCUCUCGUAUUAUUCGCCAUAUGCAUACGCCCCGUACGCAUACAACGCUUACAACUUGCCAUACAACACACACGCGUACUCUCCAUACGCGUACUCUGCCUACCCCUAUUACAAUUACCGUCACAAUUAUCCCUAUUACAACCUUCCUUACUCCUACUACUGAAACGUUGGAAUCUAUGGUGAUUCGAGAUUAAGAUAGGCACAAGACGAGUCUUAUGGAAAUCUCAUUAUUACUUCAUGAAAAUCUUAUGAAAGUUGCUCUCGAAUUACAAUCUAAUCAAUCCCGAAACUCUUGGUGACUGCAAGCGUGUUUGCAUUGUCCUUUGACUGUCAAUUUCGUUCUCCUAUGUUUAUUGUAAUAAUAAAAUUGCGUUACAUGAAAAAAAUGAA